UUUGGAGCAUGUACAAGUGGCAGCGCCGGCGACGCAUGCGCACAAGGAGAACAUUCUGCACACGUUAAGUGGCUGAGCGCUUACGCCAGAGACAAAGAGCGAACUGUUCAGCGGGAGACUUACUCUUCGGAUUUGUUUUUCUUUUUCACUGAAACUGAUGAAAUUUUAUAGAAGCUGUGUUUUUUUUUGCUCAUUAUUCUACAUUAUUUCUAAAUAAAUCUUUUUGUUUUCAUUAACGGAGAUCGGCUUUUGGUCAGUUUGAACGCGAGUGCUCUAUUCUCCAUAAUCACUACAUUUCUAAUUGCUAUUGCGCACUUGAAGUGCAUAGAUCUAGUUUUUCCAUUCGCCAUGGAAACAGUGUGCCAAUAUAACCUGAAAAAACGGCUAUGAAAAUAGAAGUACUGCACUGGCGAAUUUAUUGCAAAAUUCUAAUGAAAGGAAAAACGGUGAUUUUGAUUCGUCAGUGAACGAUGGCUUUAUUUUAAAUAAUGAUGGCAUAGUACCACUCUGAUUUAAAAAUAGAGUAGAAGAAUAGAAGUCUCCCGAACUGGUACUUUUAAGUUAUUUUUAUUUUUCCAACAAGUAACGAGCGGCUGGAGGCGCUCUCCGUGGUGCUGAGGAAGAAAUUGCGCUCUCCUGUUGAUUUGAUGAGACUUUUUCAGACGACUGUUAAGCAAAUAUUUUAACGAAAGCCCAGUUUUACAGUCAGACGUAUCGUCCAUAAGCAGGGACCACAGAACCUGCAGCCGAGAGAUCAGCUUUUGCGCUUCUUAUUCCGCAAACAGGGAGAGUCUGACCGCGACGCUUCUUUCCCAGCAGAUCCGUGAAAAUGACAGAGACCAGGGCUGUCUUGUGCGCUCUCGUCGUGUUGAUCUUAGCGGUGCAGUUCUGCAGGCCCGUGUGCGUCGAGGUGCCAUCAGGAACGGAGGCCGUUGUUGGCACCUCCAUGAAGCUCACGUGCAUCUCCUGCUUGAGGAGAGAGGAGGUGAACACUGCAACGUAUGUCUCCUGGUACUACAUCAAGCCUGAUGAUGAGCCGAUCCAGAUCUUACAAUAUGACGGACGGCCUCAGGAGCUGGACACCCCAUGGAAGGGCCGCCUGGCAUGGAACGGAAGCAAGGACCUCCAGGAUGUGUCCAUCAGCAUCACCAACGUCACACUCAACGACUCAGGCAUCUACAAAUGUGAAGUGCUGCGGCAGUUUGUGUUUGACUUCUACAUGCCCUCCUUCACGAAAAGUAAGACAAUCAAGCUGGAGGUGAGAGAGAAAGCUAGCCAAGACACUACUGCUUUGUACUCCGAGAUCAUGAUGUAUGUCCUCCUGGUCUUCCUAACCUUCUGGCUGUUGGUGGAGAUGAUCUACUGCUACAGGAAGAUAUCGAAAUCCGACGAGCAGACGCAGGACAACGCGACAGACUACCUAGCCAUCCCAUCUGAAAAUAGAGAGAACCCGGGUGCUCCAGUAAUGGAAUAAAAAUACUGAUUUCUAAUUCAACUGGCGAGGAAGGAGGAGCUCGUGAAGAGACGUGCAUACAUGGUGUGAAAACUUACUGCCAAGCAGCUGGAAUUCAGCCCAGCUGCCCUUUUUCGUGUUUGUGACGUGCCGUGCAAAGAGAACCGCCUGCGGUCAGUCGAGUCACCCCCCCCCCCCGCCUAUUUCUCUGUCCGCGUGACCCUCUCGUAGCUUUUUUUCUCCGCUUUGUGACGCCGAGCUCCUCGCCAGUCACCUAGCAGUGUGUCCUCGGGGUUACAGAGGCUUUAAGACCUUCAGUGUUUCAUUUCAGUAUUCAGCUGAGCAUCAAUAUCAACUGGCUCCUCGUCCUCAGUUACGCGUGACGCAUAUAAAGGAAGUGUAUCUAAACACAAGCAAACUGCUGGCAUGAUAAGCUUUCCUUAAUCUGAAGUAAUCAUUUGUACCUGAUAACUAACGCUAUAUGACACUCCAUCCAAUCAUACAGGGGCAAACCUUAGCGUGAACCUAGCUAGAGUGUUUUCUUACUGUAUGUCCGGAUGGUUGUUUAUGCACUUGCCUUGUUUUCGUUCUGGCUGUUGGGGGGGGCUUUUGGCAGGUGAAGCGUGGGACAGACCCCAGCCAUCAUCUCUCUAUGUCUUUCGGCCCCCACCCAGCCCAGGGACACUGGAAGAAGUGAUGUAGGUCAACCUGAUCUGGGUCAGUAGCACUCAGGGGGAUGGGGGGCGAUGGCAGCCAUCAGCAGCUUGUCCUGCUGUAAUUAUUAAUCAGUGCUGAUUGUUACUCCCCUCGGACACCAGGAGGCAGUGUGGGGACGUGCAUCUUUUAAGUGCUACGCUGACAAACAAUUCUUGUAUGUCCAGAAUGGUUCUAUAAUUAAAAAUGUAUAACUUUGUUUCCCAUGUAUUCAUAUAAAAUAAUAAAAACCUUUUAAAUAUGCUGUUAUAA